GCCGAAACGUUAUUUGAUGAUGCCGUCUGUCAGGUCGCUGUUUUUUGUCCUGCUCGCUGCUGUAUCAGUGCUCGCCGCGCCCGUCCUGAAAGAGCGGUUACGUAGCGUCAAUGUUUGUGGCGUCCGCUUCAAGACGGGCGACGUGCGGGACAAGGCGCCGCUUAACUCGGUAUAUUCCCUCGAAAACAAGUCGGACGUCAAUAAGGAGACGAAAAGCAAGGUUAGUGCUAGUCACGGUCUCAGUCAUCACAGGACUUUUUUGAUCAGCGACAUGAAGAACGAUGUCAAGAAAGAUUACGCCGUCGACCAUGUUGUCGAGGUUCAAGUGCUGCAGAAGGUCGCGGACAGCUCUAAACUUUGCGGCGUGCUCAAUAAAAUGCACGAUGCUGACAAGUCCAAGACACAGAAGUCGAUGCUGCAGCCUGCUUUCGACACUCUAAAUAGCUCACCUAACCUCUUCUUCCUCACGAAGAAGGUCCAGAGUAGGAAAAAGACGGUGACUCAGAAGGUGCUGAAGGGGAAGAAGCAAGAUUCAAAGGACAUGGACAAGGCUGUCGGCAACUACUUGAAGCAGGUCGGCUCUUCUGGUACAACGGUCGCUUCGUUACUGGACGAGGAACUGGCCGACAUUAUCAGCAUAGCUAAGGGUGUUGCCAGUAAGGCAUCUAAAGACAAGGCCGACAAGCUCAACAAGGCUAUUGGCGCCUACCAGUCAUCGACGACUGUGAGCAGCAUGUGGUCGAAGGAGCUCCUCGCCUUGUAA